AUGAAUGAGUCGGUCUCUUCAGCAGGUCACGCCUCAGAUUCACAGGAAAAAAUUCCCUCCCAGGAAGUGUUCCCUGAAGGCGGAUAUGGCUGGGUCUGUGUUGUAUGCACGUUCCUCAUGAACGCCCACACAUGGGGCAUCAACUCUGCAUACGGAGUAUUUCUUUCCUACUAUAUUUCCACCGACAUAUUUCCUGGUACAUCGGCUCUUGAGUAUGCAUUAGUCGGUGGCUUGAGUAUCUCUUGUGCUAUGCUCAUUGCGCCCCUCGCUACGUAUCUGAGUCACCAUAUAUCUAACCGCUUCGUUCUGAAUCUCGGCACGCUACUGGAGACGCUCUCUCUGAUUACCACAUCAUUCGUUAAAGCCGAUUGGCAGCUGUUUCUCUCUCAAGGAGUUUGUUUUGGAUUUGGUAUGGGACUCUGUUUUUGUGGCUCCGUGGGAAUUUCUUCACAUUGGUUCAAAAGACGGCGGAGCGUAGUCAAUGGCAUUGCUGCUGCUGGCUCUGGGAUAGGUGGUCUCGUCUAUUCCCUUGCUGUUGGGAAAAUGAUACCAGAAUUUGGCUUUCCGUGGGCAAUGCGUAUACUGGGGAUCUUGGCUUUUGUGGUGAAUAUGACUUGUGCGAACCUCCUUCGGAUCCCCUCACAGACACGUUCCCAUUCGAAUAGCCCAACAUUCCGCUUAUUGCUCUUCCGGAGACUGGACUUUGUCAUAUUACUGUGUUGGGCAUUUCUGAGCGCUUUGGGAUAUGUGGUUUUGCUAUUCAGUCUGCCCAGCUAUUCCGUUGCAAUUGGUCUCACCCAGCAACAAGGCAGUUUGGCAAGCGCACUUCUCAAUCUGGGCCAGGCGUUUGGGCGUCCAGCUGUUGGACUAUUGAGCGAUCACCUUGGGCGAAUACGUGUUGCUUUUGGUGCUUCGCUCCUCGCAGGCGUGCUGCCAUUGGUACUCUGGAUCUUCUCUGAUUCUCUGGGGUUGACAUACUUCUUUGCUAUAGUAGUCGGGUUAUUCGCCGGCACGUUCUGGGCAGCCGCAGCACCACUUACCGCCGAAGUCGUUGGACUGCAGAAUCUUGGAGCUGCGCUAGGCAUUUUGUGGCUUGUACUCAGUCCACCAACGGCAGUGGCUGAAGCUAUUGCGGUACAACUUCGAAACGAUGCCAAUGCGACGAAGCCCUACCUACGAGUUCAACUUUUUGUUGGGUUUAUGUAUAUAGGCUCAGCUGCUUGUUUGGCUUGGUUAUGGUUUGAGUUGCGGAAGAAGCAGUCAGCAUCUAGGGUUGGAAAGUCUUGCAACUAG